CCGGAAACCGUCACACGCCCCCUCACCCGGAAACCGUCACACACCGGGGGCGGCGACAAGAGGGACGACCGGCGGCGGUAAAAGAAGAUGGUUCAAAUCCCGGUGGCGCUGCCGAGUACCAGAGGUGCCUCGAGCCCAGAGUGGGUAUUGAUGGAGCUGCAGGGAGAGAUCGAGGCCCGGCAUGAAAAGGGCCUGGCUGGGAGCCUGAUGGGAGAUCUACACUACAGCCGGGAGGGAGUUCCGAUUCUGAUCAUCGGCCACCACAUCCUGUACGGCAAAGUCAGCCACUUGGAGAAGCCGUUAGCAGUACUUGUAAAGCACAGUGCCAGAAGAGAAGGGGCAGAGAGCCCAGUGGAAGCUCAAGGUGCUGCCCAUGGAGUUAAUGAAGAGAGCACCUCUACCUGCUACAUGGUGACUGCACUAAUCAAGAGGAAGAUCAUCUUCAAAACCCGUCCAAAGCCCAUUAUUACCAACGUUCCCAAGAGGGUGUAGUGGCAUUGAAGCAGUAUGUACAGCGAGGAUAGCCAGCCGUAACCAGAGGCUCCUGAAACUUCAGCUCAAUGAGUGGUGUGGUGACUGACUGGUGCAUAUUUAAUAGCAUUCUCUGCCGCACUGAUCAGAUCAACUCGUGCAGUGCUUGUGAUUUUUCUACUGAGACUUCAUGUCUGAGAAAGAAAAGGCGAUUUAAGUUCUGAACUGUGUUGUAAAGCAGAUUUUAUGACAAGCUGCUGCUUUGUGGUCAUUUACAGUGACUGUAUUAUAUCACUCUAGUUUUCACUGUGAACAAGCAGCUGUUGUGCCAUUGAAGCAGACAGAUAUCUAUGAGGAAUCAUUUACAUAAAAUAUCCUGUUGAUUACUGACUGAAAUGAAGCAUUCAUCACCACAAAUGCAAGAGGCGAGGAAAAACAAGCUUCAGCCGACCAGGAGGUAGAGCAGCGUCCCUCCUGGUGUACCCGCGGUGUAGAGUGAGGCAGUGGACCGACCGCAGGACAGUUCACCCGCAACAAGAAAGUUCAUUUCAAUAAAUGCCUAGAUUACGCUGACCAACACUUUGGGACAGCGGUGGGUUUGAGGGGACUGUGGCCUAACAUCGAGGAGUUGCCGGCCUUUGCUGGAGAUUGAUCGGGAUUUCCACCGCGGGUGCCUGCGGGACUUACCAUUGCGGAGCUCGCGAUCACUUUGCCAGGGGUCGACCUCGGAGCUCCAACCGUGGGUGCUUACGGACUUAACAUCACGGAGCUCGCGGUCUCUGGUUAGAGAUCGACUUUCGGGAACUCCUAACCG